CUUCCUCAGCAAAAAAAAAAAAGAGGAGGAUUAGCUUGGAUGUUAGCUCAGGGCUGAUCUUCCUCACACACACAAAAGAAGAGCAAGGCCUAAUUCUCUUCAAUUCUGUAAAGUCUGAGAGAGGUGAGGAAGCUGCAGAAGAAAAGUUCGAAGCUAGCAGAGGUUGGUUCCUGAGGUUUAAGAAAAGAAACCAUCUCCAUAACAUAAAGGUGCAAGGUGAAGCAGCAAGUGCUCGUGUAGAAGCUACAGUAAAUUAUCCAGAAGAUCUCUAGCUAAGAUAAUUAAUGAAGGUGGCUCCACUAAUGAUAGAUUUUCACUGUAGACGGAACAGCCUUAUAUUGGAAGAAGACACCAUCUAGGACUUUCAUAGCUAGAGAGGAGAAGUCAAUGCCUGGCUUCAAAGGACAGGCUUAUUCUCUUGCUAGGGGCUGAUGCAGCUGAUUACUUUAAGUGGAAGCCAGUGCUCAUUUACCAUUCUGAAAAUCCUAGGGCCCUUAAGAAUUACGUAAAUCUACUCUGCCUGUGCUCUCUACAUGGAACAACAAAGCCUGGAUGACAGCACAUCUUUUUACAAUAUUGUUUACUGACUAUUUUAAGCCCACUGUCAAGACCUACUGCUCAGAAAAAAAGAUUCCUUUCAAGAAAUUGCUGCUCAUUAACAAUGCACCCGGUCACCCAAGAGCUCUGACGGAGAUGUACAACCAGAUUAAUGCUGUUUUCAUGCCUGCUAACACAACAUCCAUUCUGCACAGCUCAUGGAUCAGAAGUAAUUUCGACUUGCAAGUCUUAUUAUUUAAGAAAUACAUUUCAUAAGGCUAUCGCUGCCAUACGUAGUAAUUCCUCUAAUGGAUCUGGCAACAGAGUAAACUGAAAACCUUCUGGAAAGAAUUCGCCAUUCUGGAUGCCAUUGAGAACAUUCACGAUUCAUGGGAAGAGGUCAAAAUAUCAACAUUAACAGGAGUUUGGAAGAAGUUGAUGCCAACCCUCAUGGAUGACUUUGAGGGGUUCACGACUUCAGUGGAGGAAGUAACUGCAGAUGUGGUGGAAAUAGCAAGAAAACUAGAAUUAGGAGUGGAGCCUGAAGAUAUGACUGAGUUGCUGCAAUCUCAGAUAAAACUGUAAUGGAUGAGGAGUUGCUUCCUGUGGGUGAUCAAAGAAAGUGGUUUCUUGAGAUGGAAUCUACUCCUGGUGAAGAUGCUGUGAAGAUUGUUGAAAUGACAACAAAGGAUUUAGAAUAUUACAUAAACUUAGCUGAUAAAGCAGCAGUAGGGGUUUAGAGGAUUGAUUCCAAUUUUGAAAGCAGUUCUACUGCAGGUAAUAUGCUGUCAAACAGCAUUGUGUGCUACAGAGAAACUGCGUGCAAGGAAGAGUCAGUCGACGUGGCAGACUUCAUUGUCUGAUUUUAAGAAAUUGCCACGGCCACCCCAGCCUUCAGCAACCACAACCCCAAUCAGUCAGCCAGUAGACAUCAACAUCGAGGCAAGACUCUCCAUUAGCAAAAAGAUGAUGACUUGCUGAAGGCUCAGAUGAUGACCUCCGUGAGUGAGAGCCUUCAGAGGGAAGCUGCUAAGAAGCAAGCGAUGAAACAGACCAAACUGGAAAUCCAGAAGGCACUUGCAGAAGAUUCCACUGUAUAUGAAUAUGACAGUAUUUAUGAUGAAAUGCAGAAAAAAAAGGAGGAAAGUAAUCCCAAAUUGCUUUUGGGAAAAGACCGAAAGCCCAAGUAUAUUCACAACUUACUAAAAGCAGUUGAGAUCAGAAAAAAGGAACAGGAAAAAAGAAUGGAAAAGAAAAUACAGAGAGAACGAGAAAUGGAAAAGGGAGAAUUUGAUGAUAAAGAGGCAUUUGUGACAUCUGCUUAUAAGAAGAAACUACAAGAGAGAGCUGAAGAGGAAGAAAGAGAAAAGAGGGCUGCUGCACUGGAAGCACAUUUGGAUGUCACCAAGCAGAAAGAUCUCAGUGGAUUUUAUAGGCACCUAUUAAAUCAAGCAGUUGGUGAAGAGGAAGUACCUACAUGCAGCUUUCGUGAAGCCAGGUGUGGAAUAAAGGAAGAGAAGUCAAGGGGUUAUUCUGAUGAAGUAAGUUCAGAGCACAGAAUACCACAUGAGAAAUCCAUUCUCCAAACUGUUGUGAAAGUGGAGGAAAACCCAGAUGCAGACAGUGAUUUUGAUGCUAAGAGCAGUGAGGAUGAUGAAAUGGAAGAAAAUAAUAAAGUGAACUGCAGAAGGGAAAAGGGCACAGAGACCUCUGAGAAUGACUCCAAGCAUCACAGGAAUCAAACCUACUCACGGUCAUCUAGUGAAGAAAGAGAGUAUGGGACCAAACGCCACACAAAAAGUUCCAAGUCAAGAGGAUAUGAGAACAGGGAAGAUGAGCAUCAAGAGAGACAAUCCAGGGACUGGGAGAACUAUUACACUGAACGUGAUUACCGAAAAGAAAAAAAGGAUUCCCAUAGGCACAGAGAGGCCAGUCAUAGAGAUUCUCAUUGGAAGAGGCAUGAACAAGAAGAUAAACUGAGGGGAAGAGACCAUAGAGAAAGAAAUGACAGAGAAUGGAAAAGGGAGAAAGACAGGGAGAAAUAUCCCCCAAGAGAGCAAGAAAGAGAUAGACAAAGAAAUGAUCAUGACCAACACAGUGAGAAAAGAGGAGAGAGGGAAGAGAAAAGCAAAGCAAAGGAAGAGCAUAUGAAAGCAAGGAAAGAAAGAUAUGAAAACAGUGAUAAAUGCAGAAAUAGAGAAAAACGAGAAGUAAGUGUCCAGUCUUCGGAAAGAAAUAGAGACAGAAAGGAAAGCAGCCCAAAUUCUAGGGCAAAGGACGAGCUUCUUGACCAGGAAAGAUCCAAUAAAACAAGAAACAUGGAAAAGGACAAAGAAAGAAACCCAGAGAAACCCUCUAGUUCUGAAACAUCACGGGGAGCAAAACACAGAAUCACAGAGGAACGCCAAGAGAUGGGCAAAGAACAAGAGAGACCACAUGAGGCAAUGAACAAGUUUGCAAAGCGGAACAAUGAAGAAACUGUAAUGUCAGCUAGAGACAGGUACUUGGCCAGGCAGAUGGCUCGGGUUAAUGAAAAGACGUAUAUUGAGAAAGAAGAUGAUUGAUGACUGCCCCGAUAGAAAGACCUAUGGAAGCACAGAAAAUUAUGACUCCUGGAACAUGCUGUGUGAACACAGAAAGGAAUGUGUUAACAGUGGUUGGGAGGGUAUUUUUUAAUGUAUUUUCAAAAUUCAUUUGUGGUUUAGGUCUAAGUAAAAGUCCUUUCAUCUUGAAUGUUGAACAGAAUUGAUAUAUAAUAUUUACUUAUUAAUACCACAUUCUUAGUUGUAUUCAAGCAACCUAAAGAGUGUGUUAAAUCCCUCUACUUAAUGGGGAAAAUUGACUCCACUACAACCAUUAAAAAAUAAUUUAAACAACUCUCCUAAUAAUGUUGGUUUUGUUGCAGGAGCUGUUUUAUAAAUGUUGUAUUUCAGAUUAAAAUAUUUGGAUUUGAACAAUAAAGGAGAGAAUAUUAUUAUGCUUUAUAUCCUGAAAUUUGUAUUAAAGUAUAAAAUAUGGAUCAUA